UGACAUUUUGUGCCGUUUGAUGGAUAAUCACAAAUCAAUGUAACUCUUUAUGUAAUCGGAAAAGGCUCUCAAUUGGAUGGAAGACCAAAAGAAAGGUCUACAACAUUCAAGAAGUUUCAAGAACAAAUUACAAACCAAAGUUCGUGGAAGAACCUUUUAAUUUUAUGCUCAAUAUUGUCUGAAUAUUCCAACAUUUUCUGUGGACGUUAAAUUUGGUCCCAUUAGUAAAUAUUCAACCACAUAAGUAGCAUUUUAGGUCAGAAGAAAGGUCAUUUUCAUGAUUGAAAUUCUAAGUUGGUACGUAGAAGCAAACAAAGUAGGUUUCCAGUUUUCCUCUUGAUGUUUUACAAACUAAUCCUUCAUUCUAUAUAACCCUCAACUUCCUCCAGGAAAAAUAUAAGCACUUUGAGUUGACAAAAAAAAAUCUUUCAAUCUUCAAAAAAAAAAAAAAAAAAAAUCCUUCUUGAUCUUUACUAUUUUUGGGAAAGUGAUCGAUAUGUCUCCCUUAAACACUAGUAACUUGCAUCAAAUUUUCGACAAGCUUGACAGGAAUGGAGAUGGUUUCUUGAGUUUGGAUGAAAUAACUUGGCUUCUUGAUAGAAUUGGUGCAAAAACUACUGAGGAUGAGCUUGAGUUGCUGUUGGGGCGAAAGGAUCUAGAUCGUGUCGAUUUUGCGAUUUUCUGUGACAUUGUCAUCAAGGGAAGGAAGAACAGCAGCAGCAGCAGUGUUAACGGGAGUGUGAUUGAAGGAGGAGGAGAAAAGGUGAAUGAGAAUCAUCUCUUGGAGAAGGAUCUUUUCAAAGCUUUUGAGGUCUUUGAUUUGAAUGGUGAUGGAUUCAUCUCCAGUGAAGAGUUGGAAAACGCAUUGUGCAAUUUGGGAUUGCUGGAUGAAAAAUGUGACAAGGAUUGCGAGACUAUGAUUAAAGUUUACGACAGUAAUUGUGAUGGAAAGCUGGAUUUCGAAGAGUUCAAGAACAUGAUGUUUUCCCCUUCCUAAACGACUAAUUUGUAUUGCACAUUUUACUUCUAAAAUUGGUACCAAAACUCGUAGAUUGUAAAUAUGAAAGUUCAAGACGCUUAAUCAACCCCCAGAAGCCAUAUUCUCAUCGUUAUAGGUGUUCGAGUGAAAGCUGGAUUUUGAAGAGUUUCAAGAACUAUUUUCUUUCUUCUUCUUUUUUUUUUUUUUUUUUUU